CGGUCGAGGAAAGUGGCUGAGCAGGAAUUGAUGGAUGCAAGUGAGAGAGUUCAGCUCCUCCACACUCAGAACACCAGCUUAAUAAACACCAAGAAGAAGCUGGAAACAGACAUUGCCCAAAUUCAGGGUGAAAUGGAGGAUACAAUCCAGGAAGCCCGCAAUGCUGAAGAGAAGGCCAAGAAAGCCAUCACGGAUGCAGCCAUGAUGGCAGAAGAGCUGAAGAAGGAGCAGGACACCAGUGCCCACCUGGAGAGGAUGAAGAAGAACCUGGACCAGACGGUGAAGGACCUGCAGCACCGUCUGGAUGAGGCCGAGCAGUUGGCACUGAAGGGAGGCAAGAAGCAAAUCCAGAAGCUGGAGGCCAGAGUGCGUGAGCUGGAAGGGGAGGUUGAUGCUGAGCAGAAGCGCAGUGCAGAAGCGGUGAAGGGUGUGCGCAAGUAUGAGAGGAGGGUGAAGGAGCUGACCUACCAGUCUGAGGAAGACAGGAAGAAUAUUCUCAGGCUGCAGGAUCUGGUGGACAAGCUGCAGAUGAAGGUGAAAUCGUACAAGAGACAAGCUGAGGAGGCUGAGGAGCUGUCCAAUGUCAACCUCUCCAAGUUCCGCAAGAUCCAGCACGAACUGGAGGAAGCUGAGGAGCGGGCUGACAUUGCAGAGUCGCAGGUCAACAAGCUCCGAGUGAAAAGCCGUGAGUUUCAUGGCAAGAAGAUAGGAGAAGAAGAGUGAGGAUGUGAUGAGGCAGCAAAGUGACCUGAGGGCUGCACAAAAUGUGAACCUCUCGGUCACUUUCUUCUGCAAUGAGUCUUUGUACCCACCUCGAUGUCUAGAGAAUAAAGAUCAUAGAUUUCUUUGCGUACACAGCAGAA